AUGGCUCCGCGGAACAUUCAACCUUAUGCCAACCCCGACGCCAGCCGCAUUCUCGAGAACAAUAUCCACCCCCACCCCCAACCCCAGCGCCCAUCGCCACCGGGCAGGUCCCGAAACGGGUGCAAUACUUGUCGAAUCCGCCGGGUGAAAUGCGAUGAAGAACGACCGCACUGUCGACGAUGUCAGACCACGGGACGGAAAUGCGAUGGAUACAACGUGCUCCCCGCCAAGCAGCAGCAGCAGCAGCAGCAGCAGCAGCGACAAUUCCACAACGGCGGCCCUUCCGAGAUGCGUAUCAUCCAGCAUACACCGCAGGUGACCCAGCCCACGCACAUGUGGAUGUUCCCCACCGUCGAUAAGCUCCUCACGGAAGAGGAAUACCGCUCCCUGGAAUUCUUCCAUGUGCAAACCGCCGCGUGUUUCGGCGCCCGUGCUGGAGGCUGUCUGCUGAACGCCGCCUGCCAGGACCCUGGGAUACGACUGGCGGCCAUGGCGCUGUGUUCCCUGCAGCGGGUGGUCCUGCACGGGGACAACACCCCGCCACAUGCCCGCCUGAGGGGCAAGCAACUCGCCCUACAGCAGUACAACUCGGCGAUCCGAAGAGGAUUGAAAUACUUUGCUCGCACUGGUGACGGAUCGGCGGACCGGAUCCUGUCGAUGUGCGUGCUCUUCUUCUGCUUCGAGAGCCUCCAGGGUCACUUCCGCGCCGCCUUCCGGCACGUUGCCGCGGGAUUGCGCAUCCUCGCCCAGCAGCAACUGCGCGGUCGACCCGCGGGAAGUACCUUGUUGCCACCGGACGUGAUCCAGUCGAUCUUCGCCGCGUUGGAAAGCCAGAUGCUGGAAAUCGACGGGAAAUCACCCCUCUCGGAAAAUAACGGACUGCUGGCCGUACGGGGCGGGUCACCGCAGCAACGUCUGUGGACGCUCGAAGAGGCCAACGAUUCCUUCCGCCACAUCUACAACGACUUCCUGCGCCUGCUGAGCUUCUCAUCCACCCUUGACGAACCGCACACUGAAGCGCAGAUGGCGCUGAUCAUGGAGCAGAUCCUGGCGCGAUAUCAUCAGGUGCAGGCCGAUCUGGACGCAUGGUCGCUGGAAUUCGAUUUCUUUCUCGCCAACAUCUUCCGCUGGGCCGACGCGGACCGCGCGUCGCUACAGUUGGUCCGCAUGCUGCAGCUCUGGCGCACCAUGAUGGGCGUGCUCCUGCACAUGCCGUGGCCGCCCGCCGAAACCGCCUGGGACGGCCACCUCGACGAGUUCACCACCGUCCUGAACCUCGCCGAGGAGAUCCUCAUCAUGUCCCCUCCUCCCGUCGAAUCGCCUCGCCCGAGUGCUGUUGCGGCGGCGGCGGGCAAAGCCCGCAGCAGCCCUUCUUCGACCUCCAGCAGCCCCGCCGCCGCGUCCGACGAGCUGCACCAGCGCCUUCCCUCAUCCGUUUCAUCGCGAGAGACCUCCCCAACAACUCCCCGACACGCAUCUCCCACCGCCUCAAGCGCUAUGGCAUACGCCACCAUCCUGCCACGACCACCGCAUUCCUCCCCCUCGUGCUUCUCCAUGUCGCUCGGCAUCCUGCCCGCAUUAUGGACGGUCGCCACGCGGUGCCGAGACUCCCGCGUGCGGUACCGCGCGAUCGACAUCAUCGGCCGUAGUAAGCGCCGCGAAGGCGUCUGGGACUCGGAUCUGUACUUCCGGCUGGCGCUGCAGAUCGCGCAUCGCGAAGAACAGGGGGCUGGCCUCGAUGUGGGCGCCGAGUAUACGCCCGCGGAUAUCCCGCCCGAGGUGCGCGUGACGGUCGAUGGGAAGUUCGAAGAGGGUCGCGAGGCGAAGAUUACUUUCAUGCGCGAGAAUGUGAAGAUCGGUGAGGAGGUGUUUCAGUGGUGA